AGGGGGAACGCUGCUCCUCACUGGCCUCUUUGCCUCGGCAGCUCAGCGGCACCGUCCCGGAGGAUGGAGAACUACCACGUCCUGGAAAUGAUCGGCGAAGGGUCCUUUGGGCGCGUGUACAAGGGGCGCCGGAAGCACAGCGCCCAGGUGGUGGCCUUGAAGUUCAUCCCCAAGGUGGGGCGGUCUGAGAAGGAGCUGAAGAGCCUGCAACGGGAAAUUGAGAUUGUGAGAAACCUCCAUCACCCCAACAUCAUCCAGAUGCUUGACAGCUUUGAGACUGCUAAGGAGGUGGUGGUAGUGACUGACUACGCAGAGGGAGAGCUCUUCCAGAUCCUGGAGGAUGAUGGGAGUUUGCCUGAGGACCAGGUCCAGACCAUAGCUGCCCAGCUCAUCUCUGCUCUCUAUUACCUGCACUCCCACCGCAUCCUACACCGUGACAUGAAACCCCAGAACAUCCUGCUGGGCAAAGAUGGUGUUGUCAAGCUCUGUGACUUUGGGUUUGCCCGUGCCAUGAGCAUCCACACCAUGGUGCUGACGUCCAUCAAGGGCACCCCGCUGUACAUGUCCCCUGAGCUGGUGGAAGAACGGCCGUAUGACCACACAGCAGACCUGUGGUCUGUGGGCUGCAUCCUGUAUGAGCUGUUUGUGGGCACUCCUCCCUUCUACACCAACAGCAUCUUCCAGCUUGUCAGCCUCAUCAUCAAGGACCCUGUCAAAUGGCCCAUGACCAUGAGCCCAGUGUUCAAGAGCUUCCUUCAGGGAUUGCUAAUGAAGGACCCCCACCAGCGCCUGUCAUGGCCAGAGCUGCUUUCUCACCCCUUCGUUGCUGGACGGGUUACUGUGAUUGAUGACACAGAAGAACAUGGGAUUUCAAACCCCUUCACCACCAAGCUGUCCCCAGAGCUGCAGGCCCUGAAGGAGCAGCAAGUCCAUUCCAUGGCCCCCAGGAGCAGCCAGUCCAGGAUCCUGAGAAAAGCCCAGCAGAAGAUGGUUGAAGAGACACAAAAAAAGGGACAACUGAAGGCAGGUGAUCCAUCUGUGAAGGAUUCUGUCAAUGGACAUCCCACGCAUAGACCCAGAACAGCAUCAUGGAAGGCAGCCUCUGAGAAGAGGGAGCCAUUGGCUGCCUCCAAUGAGAAGAAUCCAUGUCUCCUGCAAGGCAAGAGCAGCAGAGCAGAGUGGGAGUUUGAGGAGUCUCCUCCUAAUCCAGGGCAACACAGCCUCUCUCGAGACUUUGAGUGGGAGUUUCCUGGAGCAGGUUCCCCUCCACAGCCUGGUGCUGGCAGGGCAGAGCCCUGGGGCAGGCAGAGCAUUGAGGCCAUGGACCUGGAGAGUGAGGAGCUGGAGAGCGAUGAGGAGUGGCAGCACUUGAUUGAGGACACUGAGCCCUCAGCCAUGCAGCUGAGCGUGCCUCUGAGCCUCCUGAGGGACCCGGCCUUCCAGCACCGUAUGCAGGACUGCCUGGCAGGCUCUGCUCAGCAGGUGCUGGAAGGGAUGCUGGAGGGAGCCUCCCAUCUUCGUUCUGUGCUUCGUGUUAUGGGCAACCUCCUGUCUACCCGGUGUGAUGCUGAGCUGCUGGACCACUUCUGCCGAGAGUUGAAUGUGCCCCUGUCCCUGCUGUGUCUGGCCAAACACAUCCUGGAAAGUGGUGUCACCAAGCAGCAGCCCUGGUGUAUCGCUGUGCUGACAGACCUCCUCAUGGUGACCAAAGUUUAUUUCAGCAUUGAAUGUGGCCUGGAGGAGAGUGGGCAGGAGGACAGCCUGCAGGCCAUUCAGGAGAGUGCUGACUGCUUCCUGGCCGUGCUGCCGGAGCUGCUGGCUGCACCAGUCGACAGUGAGAUGAGACUCUGCCAGCAAAGCCUCCUGUGCUUCACCCAGCUCUGUGAGAGCCUGGACUUGAAAGACCCCUCUGUCGCUGCACACUUCUACACCAGGCUGCAAGAGGAGCAUCAGCCCCUGCUGAACAGACUUCUUCAGGGAUCCAUCUCAGAGCAACCUACUCUUCGAGGUGCAGCAGUGGAGGGCAAGUCAGCCCAUGACCAGAGCCCAUGUGUGGCAGGGCUCUUCCUGGCUGCAUUGGCUGCUGCAUGCAGCAUCCCCCUGGAGAGGAGCAGCUGUCGGGAAGCCAAGCAGCAGGUUGCUCAUGCAGUAGCUGAAAAGCUUAUGGAAGGAGAGAGCCAGCAGCUUGCAAGACUGCUGGGGAGACUGGAGCACCCAGGCUGCUCCUUGAACGUCCUGAAGAUCCUCUAUGCUGGCUGCCAUGCCUGCCCAAACCUGUGCCAGCACCUGGGAAGGAGCCAACCACUGUGGGGUUCCCUCAUGCAGCUCUUGAAGGGUGAGGUCCCUGUGGGGGAGGUGACCCAGGAGGCAGUCUGUGAAGCCUCUCUGUACCUGCUGGCCCUGCUCACCCCACAGCUUCAGGCAUCCCCUCCCAGGUGUGAGGAGGUGGUUACCCUGGCUGUGGAUCUCAUCACCCAGUCUCCUGUUGUGUCCCUUGUGGGUGCUGCAGCAUUUCUCCUGGCACAGCUCAGUCAGCAUGGGGUAGCUUUGGAGCUCAAGAGAGAAACUAUCCUACCAGGGGUAACAAAUGCGCUGACAGUACCUGCUGAGCUGCAGCUCCCCCUGCCAAUGGGCGCUGGUCUCUAUGAUGGGUUCUUUUUCCUCCUGCUGAAACUCCUUGAACAGGAGGAUGUGAUCUUGGAGCAAGGCUUUGCUUCCUCAGAGUUAUGGAGCCUGGUCUGGCAUUGUGUUGCUGUGGUACUUCAUGUGGGCACCAACAGGGCAGAACCAGACUGGAACCUUCUCUCCCCUCGAGGAACUCUGUUAUUCCUCAGCCUCGCCCUCAGUGCCUUCACUCGUGAGUCUCACCAGUGUCUGCCUCAGCUCACCCAGUCCCACGGUGUCCUCAUGGUGACACUGAAGAGACUGCUGUCCCCUGGCUUCAUGGCAUGCUUGGCACAGAUGCAAGCAGGAAAGGAUGGGGACCAUGAGGUUGUCCCAGAUGUGGUCAUCCAGGUCUGCCAGCUCCUCUCUUUCCCUUUUGCCCUGGAUGUGGAUAAAGACACCUUAGCACUGAUUGUGGAGGCUGUGAGAGAUACCCAGAUCCCUUCCCAGCUGCUGCAGGUCUGUGCCUGCCAUCUGCCCUUCUCGUUCACCGAGCUCCCCAUGGGCCUCUUGUGCCAACUUGUGGUGUCUGAUACACAGGUCAUAGACCAAGUGGUGAGGGAAGCUGCUGCCUCGGAGCACAUUAUUGCCUUCUUGAAGUCUGUCUUGUUCUCAGACAAUGUCAUACUCACGAGUGACCUCCUGUCUCUCUUGACCCACGUGGCGCGGGCCUCUUCAGAGCACCUGCCCUUUCUCCAGAGGGUCCUAAGGGACUCAGAUGUGGCUGACCAGCCACUGACCUACCUGCUCAGCCACAAGCAACACCUGAUACGGGCCAGAACCUGCAACUUGCUGGGCAACCUGCUCCGCCACAGCUUUUCCCCAGCGCUGCAGAGCCAGCCCGGUUGGCUGGAGAGGCUGCUGGAGUGCCUGUCGGACCCGGAGAGCUGCGUGCGCAGGGCAGCCACCUUUGCGGUGGGCAACGCCGCCUGCCACGCGUCUUGCCCGGCUGGGACCCUGGGCAGGGCCGUGCCCACGCUGACCCGGCUGCUGAGCGACACGCAGGCCAAAACGUGCUGCAACGCGGCCCUGGCCCUGAGCAACGUGGGCCAGCGCGGGGCGGAGCUGCGGGACAUGCUGAUCCAGAACAGGGUCCCCGACCUCCUGCUGCGGGUGACCAGCCAGGACCCGCGGGAGAUCGUGCGGGAGGGAGCCCUCGAGGCACUGCGAGCCCUCAGCCAGCACCCUGGGAUCCAGCAGGUCCUGCUGUCCCUCAAAGCCACCGAGAGGCUGGCCGCGCUGGCCGAUGUCAAUCCCCGGUCGCCUUCUGCCCGGCACUGCGAGCUGAUCCUCGGCCUCCUCGCAGCUCUGCCCAGCCGCGCGGAGCCCAGCCAGCAGCCGCCGUGUAGCGGCGCUGAGCGGUGACGCCCGGGCAUCCCGGGACGCCACCGACGCUUCCUUCGCCCUCAGGCUCCGGCCCGACAUUCCUUGGAACCCGCGCUGUCCGCCUGAGGGGGACUCUGCCCGGCCGUCUUUACCCGGGGUGCCCUCCGGGGGAAGCCGGCCCUAAAAAACAUGCCCGUUGCUUCUGUAACCGCGCAUUUCCCUACGGCUCCCGGAGCCAGGCUCCGCCGCGCCGCCAGGGGGCAGUACACCCCGCGACGCGGUGGCUGCCGGGAGCUGUAGUCACGUGGGCCCGCCGGCUCCCCAUGGUAACGGCGGCGGCGGGUCCGGCGGGCCCGGGCGGGUGUCCUGAGCCCUGAGAGAUUGCUAUACGGAGUGACGGUUUUGUAGUGCCUUCAGAAGAAAUUUUCGUAGCCCUGUCAGGACAUGGAAGAGUUCUCAGCACAUACUGAAGGACAAAUCUGGGAACCUUUUCUUCUGAUUGCAGAUAUGUUUCAGUAAAAAAUAUCAAGAACAGAAGAUGGACUAAGAAAUUACACGUUUUGAAAUAAUUGUGUAGUUCUUGUCUCCUUGCUAUGUGUUGAUAUUUUAUACUUGUUUCACUCACUCCAAAUCCUCUACUCUUAUUUUUGUACUAAAGGCCAAUCUGCCUAAGACCAGAUGGAGCUGUGCUGAUUGCCCUCAGAUCCUACACUGGUGGCCAAACUUUCCAGGUCUUGCCAUGUAAUUCUCCUGUACCUUUUCUCCCAUCAUGAAGAUCAAUUUAAAUUGCUGUUCCUUCAGUUUGGAUCUUCAGGAAUGGGCUGUAGACCUCUUUGGUGAAAGGCUGUUAAACAUCUCAUGAUUUAGCUUGUUGCUUUUAACCCAGACUUGUUUCUCUACUCUUGUUUAUGCUGCAGUACAACUGCUUCAGUUGCCCACGUGAUGAAAAAAUACAAUUUGAGUUGGAGCAAGGGCAGGGACUUGCCAGUUCCACUGCUGGGGAAACAGAGCUGCAUGAUCCACUGUACUGUACACUACGUCUGCUUCAGGGUCUGGGGAAUCUGCCAGGGAGAAAAGUUGAUAUCCUUUGAUAGCGAUAGGGACUCCAUGCUCUGCUCUUUGCUGUGGCCCCUGCACUGUCUGGUCACAGCCAGGUCAGCUCUGCUGGGGCGAGCACUGAGCAAUCCCUUUAUUUUAGGCGUCCCUGGUACACUCAAGCUACAGCCCUGGAUUUUCUGUCUGCUGUGCCAGAGUUCCUCACCUUGUCUGGCAACUGUGCUUCAAUGCCUUUAGAGUGGUGGGAAAGUCCCUUGUGAAGUCAAACACAUGAGCCUUGAGUACCCAGCUCACCUCGUGUGUGCAUGGAGGGAGGCAUUUGCUGCAGUGCAGAAUGAGUUGGUGGUUGGAUUCCAGCUCUCCCAUGGCUUCGUCCAGCAUCCUGCUGACCCCGAGAUCCGCCUCCAUGUCGGGAGCAGGAGCACACACCUGAGCUACUCUAUUUCUCUUGCAGGGCAGUGGUCUGUUUAGAUAAAGGGUCAUUUCAGGCAGCCAUACACUCCUCAUACUUCCUCUGUUCAGUGUGUACUGGAGUUCAGCACCACAGCUGAUGAAUGGAGAUGACCAGCCCUGGCACAAAUGUAAUCCUGAGAUGUAGGUGGAAUUUGCUGAUGCAUCCUCACAGAGGUUUAUUUCUCACUGAGGUUUUUUUUUUUUUUUGGAUGCUUGUGGUGGUUGUGUGUUUGUUUGUUUUUUUUUUUACCUGAGUGGCCAAGGAUGUCUUGAUUCGGACAGAAGCUGGUUGUCACCCUCUGGAUUUGCGCACAAAAUGUGGUUCUGCAGUGAGGAUAUUGAAGCUGAGAGGGAACAGUGAUGCUUAACUGUGUGGCAAAGCAGCACACCAGGCUGUUGCACCCACAUCAUUUCUGCGAUGGCCAAGCUAUCUCGGAGCUGUGUUGUUCUUGUAGACAAAUUGUGGCCAGCAACACCCUCUGCUCUUCAGCUUGAACUUGCUGGUGGCCUCGGGUGCUUUGGCUUGGUGUGGCUGCCCUUGAGGCCACUUGUUUAUUGGAACUGAUCUAGGGGAAGGAGGGCUGUUUCCAUGCUGUUGAAACACAGGUUUAUACUUAGCUACCAGGUGUUGGAGCAGUUUUAGGAACUCAAUUGGUUUCAGACCAAUGUUGCUGAUCUUGUUCAAAGUUUUAAAUUUUUUGAAGGGAUACAAACACUUAUUUUGAAAUGUAUAUUGGUUUUAAAACCUGUUUGUUUUGCGUUGUUGUUAAGUUGCUUGUUCAAGCUUUUAUCAAAAGUCCCAGAGUUGCGAGUGAGGAACUUGGUAUGAACUCAGGUCUCAUUUGGAAAAGGUGCUGUCCUUUUAAUCAUAAAAAACAGAACA